AUGGGAAAUGAGGCCAGUUACCCGGAGGAGAUAUGCUCGCACUUUGACGAAGAUGAAAUUAAAAGGCUGCGCAAGCGGUUUAAGAAGCUGGACUUGGACGGUUCCAGCGCUCUGAGCGUCAAAGAGUUCACGUCCAUACCGGAGCUGCAGAAGAACCCGCUGGUGCAGCGGGUGAUCGACGUCUUCGACACCGACGGCGACGGACAGGUGGACUUCCAGGAAUUCAUCCUGGGGACCUCCCAGUUCAGCGUCCGGGGAGGAGAGGAGCAGAAGCUGAGGUUUGCUUUCAGCAUCUACGACAUGGACAAAGACGGCUACAUUUCCAACGGGGAGCUCUUCCAGGUGCUGAAGAUGAUGGUGGGGGACAAUCUGAAAGACUGGCAGUUACAGCAGCUGGUGGACAAAACCAUCAUCCUCCUGGACAAAGACGGGGACGGGAAAAUCUCCUUCCAGGAAUUCAGUGCUGUGGUCAGAAGCCUGGAGGUCCACAAGCACUUGGUGACCAUUGUGUGA